UGCUUGUGUAGACAGCCAUAUAUUAACUAAAUUAAUUCCCAUGUAGUUUCAGUUUAAAGCGGAUGUUGUAGGAAGGGGAAAUGACAACAGACCAAGGAAGUUUCUCAGUCUGUCGAAGAGGUAGACCUUCGGGGGGUCCGAGCGUGAUUUGCGAAGGAUAGACGCUGAUAACGGAUCAUGUGUGACGUAACGCGGGACACCCCGGUCCGGAAGCUCCGGUUCUCCACGCUGAGAGCCCUUUCAGACCUGCUGGACCCGCAGCACACCUGGAGGAGCGUCGCGACGGACAUCAGCGGAGCCUCCGGAGAAGCGCGCUACUCGCAGCAGCACAUCCGGAGGUUUGAAGCGGUGGUUCUGCAGGGGAAGAGUCCCACGAUGGAGAUGCUGUUCGACUGGGGAACCACAGACUGCACGGUUGGAGAUCUGGUGGAGAUUCUGCUCCGUCACCAGCUGCUCGCCGCCGUCAGCGUCCUGCUGCCCGAUCACAGCAGCUGCCACGCCUCCGCAGCAGGCUCCUCCGGCGCGUCGGUCAGCACACUGCAGUAUGAGGCAGCGGUGCGACCGUCCGAGGCGUGUCUGCAGGCGUGCGUGCGUCCAGAGAUCAGCAGACCCGCGGUGAUGGAGCCGGACAGCACUGGGCCGGAGGAGAACACCUGGAGCGGCACUGAAGCAGGUUUCUGCACGUUCACGCACCGCGAGCUGACGGUCAUGACGGGCGGCUGGGACGAUCGGCCCGUGAAGGACGGCGGGUGUUUGCUGGGCACCGGGGGCUUUGGCGUCGUCUUCAGAGGCUCUAUGGGCGGCACUGAUGUAGCUGUGAAAAAACUCAAUCCUAUGGACGACAGCUCACUUGAAGAUCUCAGGACUCGGUUUAAUCAAGAGAUUCAAACACUCAGGAGUCUGAAGCACGAGAACCUGGUGAGCAUGGUGGGCUUCUCCAGUGACGGGGAGCACCUGUGUUUGGUGUAUGAGUUCAUGCCCGGGGGCUCUCUGCUGGAGCGGCUGGCCUGUGCAGACGGGGCUUCGGCUCUCUCGUGGCUCAGCAGAUGCUGCAUCAGCGCAGGAGCCGCCAGAGGACUGCAGUACCUGCAUCAGAACAGCCACAUCCACCGAGACGUCAAGAGCGGGAACAUCUUAUUGGAUGAGGACCUCGUUCCGAAGAUCUCUGACUUCGGUCUGACACGCGCCUCGGCCAGUCACACGUGCUCGACGGUCAUGACGGGGAGGAUUGUGGGUACGACGGCCUACAUGGCGCCGGAGGCCCUGCGAGGAGAAAUCACUCCUAAAUCUGACAUCUUCAGCUUCGGCGUGGUGUUGCUGGAGAUCCUGUCCGGUCUUCCUCCGGUCGAUGAGAGCCGUGAUCCCAAACUGCUGGUCGGUGAAGCUUCAGUCUCGACGUCUCCAGGUGCGUCCCAGAGUCUGAGUCUGAGCUGUUGUGUGUUUCAGAUGGAGAUGAAGGACGAGAUCGAGGAUGAGGAGCUCUCUCUGGAGGACUUCGUUGAUGGGAAGAUGCAGGGAUGGCAGAUGGAGGCGGUGGAGCGGAUGUAUGACGUGGCGUCUCAGUGUCUCUGUGAGAAGAAAAACAAAAGACCCACCAUCACAGAGGUUCUGUCUGAACUGGAAGAUCUUCAUCUCAAACAUUCCCAGAGCUCCAGAUGAGUUGUUGAGGAUUCAUCAUAAUUAUGUGUCCUGAUCUGGCUCCAUCGUCUCGGGAGACGGCGAGAUAAUUCACUUCAGGCCACAAUCAGAGACAAAAACAUCGGAAAACAAAACAACAGAACAGCAUUUGCAUAGAAAAAUGAGCAUCCUGGCACAUGGGAACCAAAACAAUCAUAUCAAAACAUGAGUUUAUGUGGUAAAAAAAUGUGUCUGAUCCAUCGGAUGUGAGCCAUGUGAUUAACAUCUCCCUCGUGUUUGGUACAAAAUAGAAAAAUAAAACAAUAUAAGACACAAUAAAAGGAAUGGCGACGGUUUGCAGAGA